CUUCAAAGUUUACUUUUGUAUUUGAAUUAAGUUGUGUUAAUUAUCAUAACUGAAUUCUUUCACACGUUUGUAUUUUAUUGCACGCUUAUUACUGUAAUAUUUUUCCCACGAUACUUGAAUGUCGCAUUAAUGGUUGACACUCACUGCCGGGGGCGGGGCCACGUGACGUCAGAUGUGGAAGAAAACAGCAGAGCAGGAAUCAAAACAAGAGACGGACACGCCUUCGCUCUUAAAGGUUAUAGCAGCUUUUUUGUUAUACCUGGUGCAAAAACCAACCCUCCUGCUUGUCGUCCACAAGGAAACUAAAAGCGACCGCGCAAAGACAACAAGUCGAACGCACCACCAAUCCACUGGAGAAAUGGAGUCCACGGAAAUGUCAGACAGUGCUGACAGAAGCCGUUGAUAGAGGUCGAAAAUAACACCGACAUCCGAAUCCUGUAAAAUGCCCAACCAGAAGAGCAGCAAGGGAAAGAAAAGCAAACGCACGAACAGUAGCGGAGAUGAGCAGGAAAAUGGAGCCUGUGCGGCCGCAGCAGGAGGCGCGGCCGCGGCUGCUGCACCCAGGAACGAGCGCUCAAGUGAGGCCCAGUGUGCCACUCCUCUGGGCUGCAGCUUCGGCUGCUCCAUCGACCUGGAGAAGGAUGACUAUCAGCGGGUGCUCUGCAACAACGAGCUCUGUCCUUACGGCAACUGGAUGCAUCUGCAGUGCUUCUACGAGUGGGAGAGCUCCAUCCUCGUCCAGUUCAACUGCAUCGGCCGUGCGCGGUCCUGGAACGAAAAGCAGUGUCGGCAGAACAUGUGGACCAAGAAGGGCUAUGACCUGGCCUUCAGGUUCUGCUCCUGCCGGUGUGGACAGGGUCAUCUGAAGAAGGACACCGACUGGUAUCAGGUCAAACGCAUGCAGGAUGAGCGCAAGAAAAAGCCGUCUGAGAGAAGUACUGGCAGGACUGGGGCCAGUGGAGGGGCCACAAGCUCUAGGGAUGGUGUUUUUGAGGAGCCCAAGAAAAGCAAACCAACAGCAGGAGCAGGAGCAGGAGGAGGCAAACUAGCUCACAGGGCCUCCAGUCAGGAGUUACCUCGUAGACAAUCAUUGGACCGACAGAACUCUACAGAGAGAGGAGCAGCUGGAGGGGGAGGGGGUUUUUUUCCCCUGGUACCUUCUCAGAAGUCUCCGUGUGACUCCCCAGGACAGUCUCCUCCGACUUGUUUCCCUUUCUCCCCAACUCCUAUCCUCGGACCAGGAGGUGUAGGAGCAGGUCUGCGGGGUUCCCGUCAGCUGGGAGAGUUCCUUAAAUCAGCCGUCCACAUGGACCCUCAGAGAAAACACCUCCUGAUUGGAGGAGCUCUGGGUCGGGGGGGUGGCUGCUCCUUAGGAGCCCCUAGCGUUUCAGCUAGUGGUUCUCACCUUGACCCCGGGUCUGUUCUUCCACUCCAACUCCCCUUUGCCCUCCCGCUGCAUCACCGGCUGCCCCCUGGGAGUGGAGGUGAUGGUGUCCACUCGCACCCAGUGCAGUUCCUGAGGAGGCUGGACCUCUCGGAGCUCCUCACCCACAUUCCUCGCCACAAACUGAACACGUACCACGUUCGCAUGGAGGAUGAUGCCCAGGCAGGCCAGGGAGAGGAGCUGCGCAGGUUUAUCCUGUCUGCUCUCAGUGCAAGCCAGAGAAAUGUGGUCAACUGUGCGCUGUGCCACCGAUCACUACCUGUGUUCGAACAGUUUCCUCUGGUGGAUGGGACGCUGUUUCUCAGCCCCUCUCGCCACGAUGAAAUUGAGUAUGAUGUGCCCUGCCACCUUCAAGGUCGGUUAAUGCAUCUCUACGCCAUUUGUGUGGACUGUCUGGAGGGUGUCCACAAGAUUGUGUGUAUAAAGUGCAAGUCACGCUGGGAUGGAAGCUGGCACCAGCUGGGAACCAUGUACACCUACGAUAUACUAGCUGCUUCGCCGUGUUGCCAGGCUCGUCUCAACUGUAAGCACUGCGGGAAGCCGGUGGUGGACGUUCGAGUUGGGAUGCAGUAUUUCUCCGAGUACAGCAACGUCCAGCAGUGCCCUCACUGCGGCAACCUGGACUAUCACUUUGUUAAACCCUUCUCCUCCUACAAAGUGCUUGAGGCUUAUUGACAAAUGUUUUAAUGCAUGCUAGUUGAGCUGCUUUUGUUAUUCUUUUUUAUGUCUAACACAAUCUAGGAAUUUUUGUUUUGGGGGGCCUUAAGGUGGUUUUUAUCAUUUUAAGUUCUCUCCUUUUUUUAAUGAAAAUGGCUCUGAUUAAAAGAAAACUGUUCCAAAACAGUAUCUCUGCUGAGAGAAGUGUUGAUAAAGUGUUGAAAUGACUUUUAAGUCGAGCAAACACGUUUAUCUGUGACAAGUGAAUGUAUCCGUAUGCCAAAUUUGCUUUUAUUUUUUACCAAAAACAACCUUGAAUAAAGAGAAAUAUUCACACUGA